AUGGGUGUGUUCCUUCCCGUGUCUCGUAGGGGUCUCAUCCCACAUCGCCCGUGUGAAAACGAGUGUCAGGAUUCUGGUAUUGUCCAAGCGAGAGCGAGCGUAAUACACGAAUCCAGAGACGAGGUCAUUAUAGCUUGUUUCAUCAAACCAAGGCUUGAUCAGAAACAAAGAUCAAAUAAAAUGUCUGGAAUUAUCCUCCUCUGUUUGUGCGCAUGCGUGGUUCUGACGUCAGCGAACUACGGAUACUCAGGCUACGGCUAUAAUUACGGUUACAAUCCCUAUCAGAAUGGAUAUGGAUAUUCUGGCAUGUAUCGCCCCAUACGUUACAGGAGAUCCGCUUAUGCCCAACCACCAGUCUAUAACAAAUACGGUCACCAUGGAUAUGGUGGUGGCAAAGGGGUUAUUGGUGGCAAAGGGUUUGUUGGUGGCCCAGGAUUUGGUGGCCCAGGAUUUGGUGGUGGUCAAGGAUUUGUAGGUGGUCAAGGGUUUAUUGGUGGGCAAGGAUUAAUUGGUGGCAAGGGAUUUAUUGGUGGGCAAGGAUUAAUUGGUGGCAAAGGGUUUAUUGGUGGGCAAGGAUUAAUUGGUGGCAAAGGGAUUAUUGGUGGCAAAGGGUUUAUUGGUGGUAAAGGAUUUGGUGGCAACGGGUAUGUUGGUGGCAAAGGAUUUGGUGGCAAAGGGUUUAUUGGUGGGCAAGGAUUAAUUGGUGGCAAAGGGAUUAUUGGUGGUAAAGGGUUUAUUGGUGGCAAAGGAUUUAGGGGUGGCAAAGGUUUUAUGGGUGGAAAUGGUGGCAGGGGUUUCGGUGGAAGAGGUUUCGGUGGCCAGCCUAGAUUCGGACAAAUAGGACAGCAGUUUGGUGGACAGUUUGGUUUCGGACAGCAGAUGGGACGUGGCUGGUAG